GUACGAUUGUAUUUUAAAAGAUGGGACUUGGCCACAUGAUAAAAAUCAUUGACGGACACCACAUUUGGGCACCCAGCACACUGGGUCUGGUCUCUGGUGUAGAAAUAGCAUUGGCAAAGGGUUCUUGAAGCAAGAACGUUAGAAUUUCAACCGUUAAUGGCAGAAGUUGUGGUAAUCUCCACGAGCUUAGUUGGAGCUCCCUCUCCUGCAAGCGGGGAAAGAUCUGGUGUCUCAAGAAUGGACUUAACCCCGUGGGACUUGCAGUUCCUCCAAGUCGCCACCAUCCAAAAAGGCCUUCUCUUCCACAAACCCAAUCCUCAACAACAAGAAGAAGAACAGAGCCGCCUCUUCAGCUCCACCCCCAAAUUGAUUCACCACUUGAAAACCUCUCUGUCCUCCGCCCUGUCUUUCUACCCUCCCGCCGCCGGCCGCUUUGCCGCGGAGACAGACGAGGAGAAUCACACAUCUACCCUUCACGUGGAUUGCAAUAACGCCGGCGUGGAGUUCGUCCAAGCCAAGGCCGCCGGCGUCACCGUCGCCGCGAUUCUCGAUCCGACCAACCCCGACGUCUCCCAGAUCCUCCGACCUUUCUUUCCCCUCAACGGAGUCCUAAACGCCGACGGAAUCGCCAAGCCUCUGAUGGGUGUGCAAGUGACGGAGCUUCACGACGGCUACUUCAUCGCCUGCACUUUAAACCACGCCCUCGCCGACGGCACCUCCUUCUGGAACUUCUUCCGUUCUUGGUCGGAAAUAUCCCGCCGCGGAUGCCCCCAGAUCUCAAAACCUCCUUCCCUCAAACGCUGGUUUUCGGGCAGCAUUCCCUGCCCGAUUCCUCUGCCGCCCCGCAAAGAAUUCCAGUCGGAAAUCUUCUCACUAUCCUCUCCGAGAACAGAGACGAUGUUCCGGCUGAGCAAAGAAAACAUCGCCAAGCUAAAAGAAAAAGCAAACUCUGAAGUAAUGGUUACAACCACCGCCGCCCCAAUCAUCUCCUCCCUCAUGUCAUACAUGGCUCAUCUCUGGCGAUCGGUGACUCGAGCCCGAAACCUCGAAGCCCAAGAAGAAGUUCACAUCAUGAUCAUCGUCGGUGCCCGGCAAAGAAUGAAUCUUCCAGAAGGGUAUUGGGGAAACGCGGUGGUCUUUGAGACGGUGACGGCGAAAGCAGGGGAGGUGUUGGGGGAAGGACUGGGCUGGGCGGCGUUGCAGAUGAAGAGAGGGGUCCAGAAGUAUACAGAACAAGAAAUGAUGAAUCAGUAUGUGGGUUGGGCAAAAUCUCCCAAUUUUGUCGGGGAGAAGGGGUUACCGGCCAACGUCCUGGCCAUCAGCAGCUCUCCGAGGUUCGACGUGUACGGCCAGGAUUUUGGUUGGGGACGGCCGGUUGCGGUGAGGAGCGGCGGGGGAAAUAAGCAUGACGGGAAGACCACUCUCUUUGCGGGACGGGAAGAAGGGAGUGUGGAGAUAGAGCUCUGCCUUCACCCCAACACAUUGCUCCGACUAAGAAAUGACCCAGAGUUCUUGGAGUACGUCACUUUCUAAAUAGGAAAGUGCCACAAACUAUUGUGCUCAAAUUUUAGCAUCUUCUUCCUCACAAUAUCCUCUUCAAAUUCAACACUCAAUUUCUCAUUUUGAUGCUUGGAAUGUUGUUCUGCAACUUCUUUGCACCUGUGCUAUUGGGAGUUUUACUCUAUUUUUGGUGAAUUAUUGAUUGUUGUUGUUCCAAGGGUGUUCUUUG